AUGAUGAAUUAUAGUUUGUUGAAAAAAAAACUAAUAGAAAACUUUAACGAUGCAAAUGAUAAAUUAUUUAAUUAUGAGUUUGAAAAAAAAAAAAAAAAAAAAAAAAAUGAUGUAUCUUUGUCUAUUGAAAAGGACCUAAAUAAAACAACAGAGUGGGAAAAUAUAAAUAAGAAUAAUGAUGAAGAUAUCAAAAAAAAUAAAAAAAAUAGUUUAGAUGUUUUAAACGAAAUAAAUGAUAUCUUAAAUUUGAAUAAUUCUAAAAAAGAAUCAACUAAUACAAUAAUAAGCAAUGUUAAAAAUAAUGUAGAAAUAAAUAAUAUUGGUAAAUAUCCAAUUUGUCUAAAAAAUAAAAAAUUUGAAAUACCUUUAUCUAAAACGAUUCCUGAUGCUCAUUUUGUUAAUAAUAAUAAUAAUAACAAAUUAGUAGAAAAAAAAAAAAAUAAUAAUAAUAAUAAUGAAAAGGUAAUAUUUAAAGAAAGUUUAAAUCUUGUAGAGUCAAGUUUUAGUUCUGUAAACAAAUGGAGGAAUCACAUUGACUUAAUUGAUUUUGUGAAAAACAAUUUAAAGAAUAAUGAGUUCAUGUAUAUCAAAAGCCAAGAUGGGCAAUAUGAAAAGGUGAGUUGCGAAAAUAAAAAAGAAGGAAAUGUAAUUUCGAUAUCACUAAACGGAGCAUUGAUAAAUGAAAAGAACGAGACAACAUUUUACGAAUUAAAUGAAUGGAAAAAUUAUGUAAGUAUGUUAAACAAUGCAAUGAGAUUAAAUUUUAUAAAAAAGUUUAAAUUAUAUAAAUAUUAUUUUUUAUUAAAAAAUCAAAUAAAAUAUAAUAAAUUUAAAAAAAGAAAAGAAUAUAUAAAAGAAAAUUUAAUUUUUUUAAAUGAUGAAAUGUUGAAGGGACUUAUAGAAAUAAAUUCCAUAUUAAUUGAUUUUAAGGAAUAUAAAUUAUUAGACAUAAACAUAAAUAACAUGACUAUAGAACAAUUUGAAGAAUUACAAAAUGAACAUAUUUUUAAAUUAUAUAGUUUUGUAAAUGAUAAACUAAGACAGAUUAUUUCUAUUAUAUGUGAAUAUUGUCAUAAAGCUCUUAAUAAUUUUUUAAAAAAAAAUAAAAUAGAUGAAAAUGAUACAAUUAUUGUUAAUAAUAUAGAUGAUGAAUCUACAAAAUAUGAUAAAGAUCAUAAAAUUAGAAUAAAAAGAAAAAAAAUUUUUAAUAAAAAUAAUGAAACAAAUAAAUUAAAACAUAAUCAAAAUAAUAAUUGUAAAAAUAUAUAUAUAUAUUAUAAUAAGGUUGCUUUAAAUCAUUGUUAUUCAAUUUAUAUUAAAAAAUUUAUACAAUUAUGUCAAUAUUUAUGUGAUAAUAUGUUACGAAAUAUUAUCAUACAAACAUAUGAAUAUUUCCUUGAUAUUUUGAACAAUUAUUUUGUUUUAACACCUGAUAAAGUAGAUGUGAAAAAUUCUAAUGAAAGAUUUAUAGGAAAUGGUUUACAACUAUUUGAUAAAAUAAAAAAAGAUGGAAUCAAUAAAGAAAAAGAUGAAAAAAGAUGUAUAACAAAUGGUAAUGUGUUUAAAUCAAAAAAUGAUAUACAUCUAUUUAAUGUUACAUUAACAAUAGAAAAUGAUAAAUUAAAAAUAUUUCCAGAAUGUAAUUUACUUAUUACAAUAAUUGAACAUUAUUUAAAUGCAAGUAUAGAAAUAAUAAAUAAAAGAGAAAAUUUUUUUGAUCAUUUUAAAAUAAAAAAUAUGUUUAAAAGCGAUAUAUAUGUAGAUGAUGUAAUAUUUAAGAAUAGAAAAUUUGAUAUUUGUGAAAAGGAGAAAAUACAAAUAUUUCAAGUUGAAAAUGAUGAAAUAAUUCAAAAUAUGAAAAUUGAAUUAAAAGAAAAAUUAAAAAAUGUCUACAAUUCUAUGGUAGAAUCAUGUAAUGAAUUUAACAAUAUAAUUUGUUUACAUAAUAAAUAUAAAAAUAUAAAAGUUGAAGAUAUAGACAUAAUGGAUGUUGGUUAUAUAUCUGGUUUAUUUGAAAAUCUUAAAGAAUUAGAAAAUAAAAUAAAAAAAAUUAGCAAAGAAAUAAAUGUUCAUAUAUUUAAAGUAAAUAAUAAUAUAUUAAUAGAAUAUUUAUUAAAAGGUAUUAAUGGAAAAUGGGCAGAACUAAUAAAUUAUUUACCAUCUUUAAAUAAAAAAACAAUAAGUAGUUUAACUAUAAAAUUAGAUGAAGCAUAUAAUAAUAUAAAUAAGGUUCCAACAAGUUUAUCUGAAUUAGUAAAAUAUAUAAAAUUUAUAAACAGUUUUAAUAAUGAUUUAUUAAAUAUUGAAGAAAGCAUAGAAUCUAUUUCAUCUUUGUUUUUAUUAUUUAAAAAAAAUUAUAUAAAUAUUAAUGGAAAUUAUACUACUAAAUUAUUUCAUAUAAAACAAAAAAUAAACUCCUUAAAAAUUAUAAUACAUUCAGACAUAAAUUAUGAAAUUCAAUACAAUUCUCAGUUUAAAGAUCUAGCAAAUGAAAUAAAUCUUGUUGAAAAAAAAAUACAAAAUUUUAUAGAUAUCAUAAAAAAUGAUAUAUUUAUAUUUUCUAUAGAAUACCCUAUAGAUGUGAUGGAACACACGCUUAAGUUUGUGACCCCGAUUGAAGAAAUCGAUCAAGUUUAUUUCAGAUGUGGUGAAACAAAGAAUGGAGAAGUAAAAAGUGGAGAAGUAAAAGGUGGAGAAACAAAGAAUGGAGAUGUAAAAAGCGGAGAUGUAAAAAGUGAAAAAAGUGAGAGCGAACCGUUUCGAGUUGGCGAAAAUAAUAAAAUAGUUAUAGAAGAGGAAACAAAAAAAAGUUGCUACAUUUUUGCAUUAUUAGAAUUUAUACGAAUAAAUAUAUUAGACAUAAAAAAAGAUGUUGAUAAAUAUAUAUAUUAUCAAAAAAUUUUAAAAACCAAAAAAAAUGAAUUUGUAAAUUUUAGUUUAUUAAAAAAUAUAUUUAUAAAUACGAGUCUAACAGUAUAUACAUAUUUUAUGUACAUAUGUUUUGAUAAUAAAUAUAUACUCACAAAAAUUAUAAAAUUAGAUGUAGAGAGUUUAGAAAAAGAAAUAAGUAAUAUAAAUGUGCAUUUUAAAAAAAUGAAUAAAAAUUUUAUAGAUAUAAAAAUAUAUAAUAAAUGUAAUAAAUUUUAUACAAAAUAUGAAAAUGUAUUUAAAAUUUUAAAAAUGUUAAAUUUAAUUUAUAAAAAUAAAAAAUAUUUUAACACGGUUAUUGAUAUAAUUAAUAGUUCGGAGGCGUUUGAAAAUUUAGAUAAUAAAAUAAAUGAGGAAUAUGAUGAUAAUAAUAAUAAUAUAGAUGUAAAAAAACAAGUUAUAUCAUACAACUAUAGUGAUAUAAUUUUAAAAAAUUUAUUAUCAUUAGAUUAUUCUAGAAAUAUAUCUAAAGUUGAAAAUAUUUUUAUAGAAUACGAAAAAGAAGAAAAAAUAAAUGAAGACAUGGAAAAAAUAAAAAUUGAAUUAAAAAAACAUAAACUAGAUGUAAGCUUAAUGAAUAAAAAGGUUUACUACAUAAAUAACAUUGAUUAUAUAUUAAUAGAAUUAAAAAAUAUUUUAAAUAAAUUGAUAUUGCUUAUAAAUAAUAAUUCAAGUAGACAUAUAUAUACAAUUGUAUAUAACAUUUGUGAAAACAUUUUAAAUUUUAUAAAUAUUUUGAUUUAUAUAAAAAAGAUUCAAAUAUGUUAUAAAAAUAUAGAUAAAUAUAAACAAAAUGAAAUAAAAAAUGUUACAAAUUUAGAUGUGUUUACAAAUAUAAUUAAUAAUUAUAAAAAUGUUUGUGAAGAAUUUUUUAUAUAUCCUCAUGUUAGUAAGCAUGUGAAAAAAGAUUAUGAUAUUAAAUAUUUUAAAUCGGUUUUUCAAAAUGUAGAAAAAAUAAAAAAUGAUGUUGAAAAAUAUAUAUUAGAAAAGAAAAGACAAUUUCCUAUUUUUUAUUUAUUAAAAGAUGAUGAUUUUUUAAAUGUUUAUUUAAAUGUUAAUAAUUUAAAAAAAAUAAAUAUAUAUAUAAAAAAAUUAUUUCCACAAUUUAAAAAAGUUAUAAUUCAAAAUGAAUCUAUAUGUGGUAUAGUAAGUUUAGAUAAUGAACAGAUUCUAUUUAAAGAAAAUAUAAAAUUUAAAAAGCUAGAUUUUUUAUUAAACGAAAUUGAAAUAGAAAUAAAAAACAAUGUUUUACAAAAUAUUUUAUCACAUGUUAAUAAUAAAAAGUUUUUUACACCUUUAUCAGAAAAUACAUAUUUAUAUUUUAUAGAUAUAAAUAAUUUACAAUUAUUAUAUAUUUUAUUAUCUGUAUAUUUUACAUAUAUUUUUGAUAAUUUUAUUCAAAGUUUUAAUGAUAAAAAGAAAAAUAUAAUUUAUUUAUUAACAAAAAAUAUAAAUAAAAUAGGAACUAUGUCUAUACAACAUUAUGAUUCUCUUAAUAUUUCAAAAAGAUUUCCAAAUAAAUAUCAUAAAAAUGUUUUAUUUUUAUUAUGUUUUUUUAUACAUAUUAAAGAUAAAUUUAGUUUAUUUAUAAAUAAUAUAUCUAAUAGAAAUUGUAAAGAUAAUGGAAAUAUAACAUCGAAUUCUUUUGACCAUUUAAAUUUAGUUAAACAUUAUGUCAAAGAUUCAAAUUAUUAUAUAAACCAAUUUAAUAACAAUAUAAAAUAUACAUAUGGAUAUUUAAAUAAUUCUAAUUACAAUUUAGACUUAUUAUAUGAAUGGAAAAGUUAUGGAUUUUUUUUUCAAAAUUAUAUAAACAAUACUUUAAUUAUGUUAUCACAAAAUAAUAAUAAUAAAUUUAUAAAUAUUAAUAAGAAUUUUUCUAUUUUAUUAGGAUAUAAUUAUGUUUUUAUAAAUAACAUAUAUUUAAAAAAAGAAAAUAUAUAUAAUUAUAUAGCUUGUAGUUUAUCUUCAAAUAUCUCUUUUUAUUUUUUUGAUGCAAAUAAUUUCAAAGAAGAUAUUGUUAAAAUAUUACAAGAUCAAAUUUGUAAAAUUAAUAACUAUUUAAAGAAUGGAAAAAAAUUUAUAAAUAUAAAUAAUCAUGAGUAUACAUUAAAUAAAAAACCACUUAUAUAUAUUUCACUUGAGAAAAAUGUUUUUCCAUUAUCUAGUUUUGCUUUAAAUACAAAAAGUUCAAAUAACGAAUUUACAGACAUGUCUUAUCAGUUUUCUUUUCACAACCCUUUUAAAAAUAUAUCUAUUCCUUUUUUAUUUUUUAUAUUUUUUUCUCAUGGAUAUAAAAACGCUUAUUACUUGGCAGCAACCACGUACCGCCUCUUCAACUACCUGCACCACCACGACGAAAUGAAGAGAUGGAUUUUCGAAGGAAAGGUUGUGAAGCUAUUAAGAGAAUCUUUAGAAAUGUCUGAAAAGGGAGAGUAUAAUUUUUUAACUCAUGUAAUAAAUUAUGUUUCCAACUUUAUAGAUGCAAACAAAUUAAAGGAAGUUGUGUCAAAUAUCUGUCUUAUAUUUAAAAUUCCAAUAAUAAAAGAGAACCAAUUAUAUAAAUAUGCAUCUAAAAUAGUAAUGGAUGAAAAAAAUGAAGAAACAGAAAUAGUAGAUAAAAGAAAUUCAUUUUCUAUUUUAUCUGUUUCAGAUUUACAAGAAUCAAAAGAGAAUCAAAUUAAUGAAAUUAUUAAAAAUUUAACUAAAGAAAAAAAAUUAAUAUUUUUAAAAUAUCAAGUUAUUAAAGCUAUUGAACUUUUCGAUAUUUUAAGUCGAAAUAUGAAAUUAAAUAUAAAAGAAAAAGAAGAAAAAAAAAAAAUAAAUGAUAUAGAAAUAGAAACCAAAAAUAAAAUAACAAAUAUAAUAAUAAAUGGAAAGGAAUAUUCAGGUAUUAGUAUAAUAAUAUAUAUUUUGCAUAACUUAUUAGUUAAUAUGAAAUGUGAAGAAUGUUUAGUAGAAAAGAUAAAUUUAAAAUAUUGUUCAGAAAGUGAUGUCUUAAAAUUAUCAUUAAGAAAUAUAAAUUCAAUAUUGUUAGAAAAAAAAAGUGAUAUAAUAAAUGAAAUAAAUUUACCACAAAAAUAUAAUUUGCUACAUUCAAAAUGUGAGAAUAAAAAUAGAAACAAUAACAAAGAUGAGAUCGAAUUAGACAUAAAAAAUAAUAUAAAUAUUAAAUUUGAUACAGAACAACAUAAUAAAAUAUUUAUUAAAUAUAUAAAAGUUGAACAAACUAAAUAUAUUGAAAAUAUAGUAAAUUAUACAUGUUUAGAAAAUAAUAAAAUGAAUAAUGAAAUAAAUAAAGAAAAUUGUGAAUUUAACAAUAUGUGUUUUAUUUAUAAAACUGAAAAUCUUAGUAAAAUAUCUCCUCAUUUUUUUAAAACAUUUUAUUAUAUUCAUAUUAAAAAUAGCAUACCUUAUAUUUCUUUUCUAACUUUUUCUGUUGAAAAAUUAAAAAUAUAUAAAUCAGCACAAAAUAAAAUCAUUAGACAUUUUGAAGAUCUGGUAAUUGAAACGAUCAAAUUUUUUAAGCGAGAAAAGGGAAUGAAUCAAAACCGUUUUGAAAUCAAAUAUCGAAAUAAAGAAAAAGGCGAAGAUAGCAAAAUUGGGAAUUCGAUCGGGAAUUCGGUCGGGAAUUCUAUUGGAAAUUCUAUUGCCAAUUCUAUUGCCAAUUCUAUUGCCAAUUCUAUUGGUGGUUCUACUGGCGGUUCUACUGGUGAUACAAAUUUAGGAGAAAAAAAAAAUAGUUUCGAAGAUGAGAAGAAUAGACAAAUAGAUGUAUCAGAAAGUUUGAAUGAUACCAAAAUAGAAUCUCAAAUAAAAGAUAAAAAGGUAAAUAAAGGAAAAAAUUUAAAAGAAGACGAAGCAGAAAAAGAAGCAGAACGUGUUUUCGAUUCUAAUGAUGAAAUAUUCGAGUUCUCAAAAUUUAAUGAAGGAUAUAUUUCUAUACAUAUAAAUACAUUAAUAUGUACAUUUAUAAAAUUUAUAGAUUAUUUUUUAAAAUUAUUGAUUGAAAAAAAAAAAAAUGUAGGAAAUAAAAAACUUAUAGACACACAUUUAAAUAAUAUAAUAACUAUUAGUUUUAUUUAUACGUUUACUACAUUUAUGGAAAAAGAAGAAAGAGAACAAUAUGAAAAUUAUAUAAUAAAAUAUAUAAACAAUAUAUCAAUAAUACCUAAAAAUUCGUCUUUUACACAUAUAUAUUAUAAUAUUGAAAAUAACAAAAUUUUAAAAAAAGAAAAAAUUUAUAAAAAUGAAAAAAUAUGCUUAAAUAAAAAUACACUUAUGAGUAAUAUGAUUGCAGAUGAAAAUAAUUUUUUUUUAUUUGAAGAUUUGAAUAUUUUAUCUAUAAAAAAUUUUAUCAAAAUAUCAACUAAUAUGUCUAUUCCUUUUAUUAUUAUUGGUGGUUCAAGUACAGGAAAAUCUUUAUGUAUUUAUAAUUUUUUAAAUUCAUAUAUUAAAAAAAAUAAGAAUAAUCAACAAAAUAUUUACAACUUUAUAUUUAGAUUUAAUCACUCAUUUAACUAUAAAAAUAUUAUUAACAAGUUUAAAAAAACUUUUAAUUUAUCGACAAAUCAUGUUAACCAAGAUGUUACAAUAUUUAUUGAUGACAUUAAUUGCUUGAGUGGCAAUUCUGUGCGUUCCUCCUUCGAGUUUUUCCACCAACUGGUAAAUUAUCAGGAAUACUUUGACGCUGACGAAAACAAAAAUGUGUCUUUUUCAAACUGCAAAAUUCUCGGAACAUUGAAUCAUGAAUAUUCAGAACCCUCUUUAAACAACAAUUUAGUUUUAUCAAAAAUAUACAAGCAUUUUUUCAUUUUAAAUAUCUCAUCACUUUCCCCAAAGAAUAUAAGAUCACUCUAUUUUAAUAUGAUAGAAUACAUUUUCCUGAAAUAUAACUUUUGCGAGGACAUGAUAAACGAAUGCCAGAAUUUCAUCGCAUGCAUUUUAGAAACAUUUGAAAUGGUCACAUUAAAAAAGGAAAAGACAAAUUUAAGCUUGCACACAAACAUGAUAAAUAAUAUAAUAAAUUAUUUAUUAAUAUAUGAUAAAGAAAAUUGUACAAAUAUGAAUGAAAUUUGUUAUUUCUUUUUAAAUGAUAUGAUUCGAAUAUUUUGCAAUGAUACAAUUUUUUAUGAUAAAAAUAUAGAAUUUGAAAAUAUAGUAAAAAAAAAUUUUGAGAAUUAUUUUCAAAAAUAUAUAACAAAUAAUAGAUAUCCAUUACAAUUGAAUAUAAGAAAUAACAAAAUUUGUGUUGAAAAAGAAGAAAAUAACAUGGAUGAAAAGUUAGAUGUAAAUUAUUUAAGAACAUAUUUUCCAGUUUCAAAAUGUGAACCCUUUGAUAUAUUUUAUAAUGAGAUAAUAAAAUUUAUAAAAAUAAUAAACACUUAUUUGAUAUUUAGACAAAGUAAUAUAAUUUUUUUAAAUAAUCAAAAUAAAUUAUUAGAGAAAAUUGUUUCAAUUUAUUCUUAUUAUAAAAAUAAUAAUUAUGUAUUUUUAAAAUGGAAUGAUAAUGAAAUGGAAAAUAAAAUUCGUGAAAGUUAUGAUAAAACAAUUGAAAAACUUUCAAAAUUAAAUGAAAUAGAUUCUGAUACAUCUAAUAUGAAUAACAUCUUUGAAUUAAGAACCAUAUUUUUUGGAAAAAUCGAAUUAGAUGAAAUGUGUUUAAAUUUUUAUGAUCUAAUAUUAUAUAAUUGUAAUUUAGAUAAUUUAUAUGACAAUUUUAUAAAUAAACAUUAUUUAUACAUAAUAAAUAUGUUAAAACAUAAAGAAAAAAAUAUUGAAGGAAAUUUAGAAAAUUAUAUAAUACCCAAAUUAUUAAAUUUAAACCAUUAUUUAUUUUAUGUUAAUAAUUUUGAUUUGUUUAAAAAUAAAUAUUUCUAUAAAUAUCGAAAUUUAUUUAAAAAAUGUUAUAUAGUACAUUUAGAUUUUUAUAAUUUUUAUAAUUUUUCUAAAAAUUUUAUAUUUUCUUUUAAUUUAUCAUUUCCUAUAUAUAAUUAUAUAAACAAAAAGACAAUCCAAUCUCUUGUUUUGAAUUUUGAAAAUAAACAGUUUCGUUUUAUUUCCAAACUUUCAGAAUCUAUAAAUAAGAUGUUGGAAAUACAAAAUAAUAAACAGAAUAAUUCUAAUAUUAACUAUUAUAGAACAGAUGUUGUAGAAGAUGUGUAUAAAAUUUAUGAAAAAUUAAGUGAAAAUGAAUUAAAUAUAGUAAUAGAAAAAAAAAAAAAAAUAAAAAAUAUAAUAAAAUUGAUACAAUUUAAUGAUUAUAAAUCUGAAAAUGAUAAAAUAAAACAAGUAGAAGAUAAAAUAAAAAAUCUAAAAAAUGAAAUAACAACAUAUCAAAAAGAAAUAAAAAAUAUAAAAAAAGAUAUUAAAAAAAUGUUAAUAAUAUAUCAAGAAAAUAUUUUACAAGCUAAAAAUAAAUUAAAUGAAAUAAAAAAAGAAGAUUUUGAAUAUUUUAAACAUAAAAAUAAAAAUAAUUAUAUGGGAUAUUUAAAAAUAUUAUAUUUAUAUAUAAAUAAAAAAAAUGAUAAAAAUUAUAUUCGAGACACAUUUUAUUAUCAAUAUAUUAUAAAGCAUAUUAAAAAAAUAAAUGAAAAUUUUAUUAAUAAAAGCUUAAUCUUGAAAUAUGAAAACAUUUCAAAUGUUCAAAAUUUUUUAAAUUAUAAAUUUGUUUAUAUUAUUCAUCUUUUUAUUAUAUCUAUCAAUGACUAUGUUAAAAAACGUGAAUCUCUAAAAUCUAAAUAUGAAUCUAUAAAAAUUUUAGAUUCUAAAAUAUUUUUGUUACAUGACCAGAUUGCGAAGCUUCGUUUAGACUGCCUCUCUUCCCAAGAUGAAAAGGAUUUAUUGACCCAUCUUUUGUCUCUUUAUUCUGAAAUAAAACUGGAAAUAAAAAAGAUAAGAAAAGAAUUAAUCAUGAAAUCGAUACACUUUGGUUAUUGUUGUGAAAUGAAUAACAAAGAAAAACAAAAAUUUUUUAAAACCCUUAUUGAUCAAAGAGAAAUAUAUGAAAGAAAUGAAAGUGACAAUGAAUCAGUAGAUGUAAUAAAUAAAACAGAAGAACAAUUAGAAUUUUUAAUAAAUUACAAAAAUUUUAUUAAUAUUUCAUUCUUAAAAAAAUAUAAAAAAAUGAAUUUAUGUAAUGAUAAUAUGAUAAUAUAUACUUGCCAUAUGUUAGAGAUAAUAAAAAAAAAAAUAAAUAUUUGUAUAGAUCCGUUUUUUCAAAUAAAAAAAUAUCUUUUAAAAAAUAUAAAAGAAAAUGAAAAAAAAUGUGUAUAUAUAAAAUACCAUGCCAUGAAUCAAAUGACAUUUCAAUUGUAUAACGAAGAUGGAAAAGUUGAAAAAAAAGACGAAAAAAAGGAUGGGAAAGACGAAAUGGCUAAUCAAAAUUUUAUGGAAAAAAUAAAUCAUUAUAUAGAAAAUAAUUAUGUUAUUAUAUUUAAAGGCUUGGAUAAAGAUCUUUUACAAUUAUUAUGCGAAAAAUAUAAUAAAUAUAAUAAAUCUUUUGUAGAAAAUAUCUACAUCUUUGUUAACAUUUCCAAACGAGUAGAAUAUAUCAAAAAGGUUUUAGAAAAUGAAAAAAACAUUCUUUAUGUAUAUUGUGAUUAUAAAAAAAAUAACGUUCUAAAUUUGUUUUCAUAUUAUUAUCAAAAACAUAGAGGCAAUUAUGAUGACGUGAAAAAUUUAUCUAUCGAAAAGGAGAAUCACAUUGACAAGAUAACCCACUUAGAGACCCUUUUAUUACAAAACGAAAUUACCGAAUCGGAAUUGAAAAGCAAACUAAAUGAAGAAAUAAAAAAAAAUGGAGAAAUAAAAAAAAAUGGAGAAAAAAAACAAUUUGGAGAAAGAUCUAAUAAUGAAAAGACAAACUUUUUACUAAUUUAUGCAUUUUAUGUUUUAAUAGAAACAUUAAAAAUAGUGAAUAAAAAUAUGAAUUUUAUAAAUGAACGUAAAUUUAUAAAAAUUGUUAAAUCAUGUUUUGAAGAAAUAAAUAUAAACAAUAAAAAUAAUUAUAAUGAUAUUUUUAUUUAUAUGUAUUUUCAAAUCAUAUCAAUUUUGAAAAAAAAUGAUUUAUUUAUUUUCAAUUUUUUAUUAAGUAUAUAUGUAGACAUAUUUGUACAUAAGUUUAUUAAAUGGGGAGAUAUAUUUCUUUUUUUUAGAAAUUAUAGAAAUAAAAAUAGUGAACAAAAUAUUCAAGAUAUUUAUAAAAAUGAUGAUACAUUUCUUACAAAAUUUAAAAAAGAUGAUAAAUAUUUAUUUACAAAUAUAUUAGAAACUAAUAAAAUAAAUGACAAUUUUUAUAGAAAAAUAAAAGCUAACCAUUUUGAAAUGUUUUAUAAUAAUUCUAUAAAUUUAAAUAAUAACUAUGAUGAGCAUUAUCAAAUAAUUGAAAACAAAUUAGGCACCAUAGAUGAAGAAGAAACAAAAUAUGAACAAGGCUCCAAAAAUGAAAAUUUUGAAAAAUUUGAAAAAUUUGAAAAAUUUGAAAAUGGUGGUAGUGUUAAAAAUGGUGGUAGUGUUGAAAAUGGUGGUAGUGUUGAAAAUGGUGAUAAUGAAGUGAAAUUUUUUAAUAGAAUAGAAAGCUUAUCUGAAAAUAUAAAUAAAGCAUACACACUUUUAUACAUAAAAAAAAGGGAACUAAAAGGAAUGUUAUAUCAUAAAUAUUUUGAAGAUAAAGAAAAUGAAAUAAAUAAUGAAAAAAAAACAAUGUGGAUAUCUCCAUCAUAUAAUGAUGAAGAUGGUUAUAAAAUUUUGGAAAACGAAAGUGAAAAUAAAAUGAGUAUAAUGUAUUAUAUUAAAGAAUUAAAAGAUCUAGUUGAUUCUAAAAAAAAAAUAUAUAGAAAUGUUUUACAUAAUAUAUAUGACUAUCCAGAAAAAUGGAAUGAAUAUAUAAAUAGUUAUGACAAUAUAUAUUCAAAAAAUUUAAAAAAAAAAAAAAUAGAAUUUCCAAUUAGAGAAUUAAAUGAACCAUGUAUGUAUUUUUAUAAAAUAGCUAUUGAUAAAAUUAUUAACAAAAAUUAUUUAAAUAAUUUUAUUCAAGAAUAUAUAUUUAUUAAAUUACCAGACAUUGUCUAUAAAGGUAAAAGGAUGGUAUACAACAAUUUUUAUAAUUUUUUUAGACAUCAUGUUAUUAACAAAAUUGAAUAUAAAAGUGAUAACACAAAUAAUGUGUUAGAAAAUUCGAAUAAAAAUAUAAAUGAUAAUCUCUAUUUUUUUGAUAUUUUAAAAAAACAAAAUUAUAUUAUUUUUCUUUUGGAAAAAAAUAUUUACAGUAAUAUUAUACUAAAUACAUUGUUAAAAUGUAGUAAUAUAUUGUUUUUAGAUUUUACAAAUAUCGAAAAAAUGUCUAAAAAAAUAAGUAACAUUAUUGUGGCAAAUAUAUAUACUGUAUCGGAUGUUUUAAAUUGUGAAAGCUUUAUAGAAACUGUUCUUAAAAAUACAGAACAAAAUGUAGAACCCAAAAUUUUUAUCAUAUUUUAUAAUAACAUAAAUAUAUUAACAGACAGUUUGAAUAAUAUUUCAUUUAAUGUUAAUCUAGAUUUUAGUUUCGAUCUAUUUGAUUUUCUAAAUUAUAUUAAUUUUAUAUUCGAUUUUACUGAAAUUUAUAAAUUAUCUAUAUGUUCCAAUCACAUAUAUUCAAAUCAUAUAUUUUUAUCUAUUUUAUUUUUUACUUUAAUUAAUGAAUAUAUGUAUUUGGAAAAUAUGAAUAUAAACGUUGAUAUUAUAAGUGAGAUUAUUUUAUUAGUUAAAUUAUUUUCUAAUUUAAAAGGUGGUUUUAAAAAUGAUGAGACAGAGAAAAUGAAAUCCAAUGUAAUCGAUGGUGAAAAUUUAAUUUGUGUUGCAUCUGAAAAACGAAAUGAAAGAGAUGAAUCAGAUAGAUGUAGAACCUUUUUUUUGAACUAUUUUAAAAAUUUUCUUGAUCGUCUAUUUCCAGAAAAAUAUAUAUUAUUGAAGAAUAUGAUAGAAUCAUUUUUGUAUAAUUUUUUUAAUUUAUCAAACAAAAAUAUUUUAUUUAAUAAUGAUAAUAUUUUAAAAAACAUUCCUACUAAUCUUAUAACAUUAGAAGAAUUGAUAAAAUAUGUUUUAGAAAAUUUCGAAAUAUUUGAAAAUAUUAUUCAAAAAAACAAACUUGAUAAUAUCUAUAAAAUGGCUUAUAAUAUAAAAUUUAUGGAAAAAAUAUUUAUUUCAAAAUAUUGUAUUACUAAUAUAUAUAAAAAAAAAACUAUUUUUAAUCAUAUUCUAUUAUCUUUUGAUAACUUUUCUUCUUUUCAUUUUAUAAAUCAGCCCCUGAAUAGUACACCACAACUUAAUUAUCUGAUCCAAGAAUACAACAUGAUUCUAUUUCGUGUUUAUGAAAUGAAAAAAGAAAUUCAAUAUUAUUUGACUACAUCAAAAUUGUCUAAAAUGUCAAAUGAAUAUUCAGAACAAAUGGAACGAAGCUUAUUGAGAUACAAAAUACCAUGGAAAUGGCGCCAUUUUUCAGACGGGGAAAAAUGUCUAUAUAAAUUUUUUGAAGAAUUAAAAAAAAAAUUAAAUUAUAUUAAAGAACUUAUAAGAAAAGAACAAAAAGGUGAAAAAAAUGUUUACAAUAUAUCAUUUUUCACGAAUCCAAUGAUGUUUUUUUAUUCAGUUUAUUUUACACAUGCAAUAAAUAUGGGAACUAAUAUUCGUGAGCUAAAUAUUUCUCUUAAAUUUUCUGAGAAAAUUAACAACAAUGAACGAGGUAUUUGGAUAGCACCGAUUAAAAUAUACAAAAGUUUAUUUGUAAAAGGAUCCGAGAAGUUUGUGCACCAAAAAAUACACAAUAAAAAUGAUAUUUAUUUUAAAGUUCAAAAUGAAGAAAAUAAAUGUGAAGAUACAAAACCGUUUAGUAUAGAAAAAGAUAAUUUAGACAAAAAUUUGAGUAAAUCAGAAGAAAAAAAUGAAAAUUCUGUUCAAAAGGAUAACAACACAAAUAUAGAAAAUUUAAAUGACCAAUCAUUUAGUGACAAAACAAUAAGUAUGCGAUAUUCAAAUAGCUAUAUGGCAUAUGUAAGGAAAAAGGAAAAAAGUUUUUAUUAUGACUCACCAUAUAUACUAAUAAAAAUUAAAAAGAAAAAGGAGAGUAUGGAAAAUAAAAAAAAUAACGAACAUGAUAAAAUUGGAGAAGACUAUGAAAAUUAUGAGGAUACCGAACCAAUUAAAGACGAUGAAUCAAAUUCGAAUAAAAACAUUAUAGAUGAUGUAAUUAACAUGGAAAAUAUUUCGAAUAAAUUUUUUGAUUUAUUUGAAAAUAAAGACAAAUUUGAUGAUAAUGAAUUUAUUUAUUACUGUCCUAUAAUGAAAUUUAAUUCACAUGUACAAAAAGAUCCUAGUCUCCAAUUUUUCCUUCCUUUGCCAUGCAUCCAUAGCAAAAUAAUUUGCAAAAAAUUUAAAGUUCAUAUGCUACUAUAA